GGCCUAACGAAUAAGGGGAUUAAAAAGGAGCCCGAUUUGACAGGUGACAUUUGAAUUUCUAACAUCACUUUAACCCAUAAAAGGAUCAAACUUGUCAUUUUCCCCAAACGCGCGGAACCACAGGCGUCGACAGAGACGGCUGCACAAUGAGUCAGACUAAGGACAAUGCCCGACUCAAGAGCUACAAGAACAAGUCCCUCAACACAGAUGAAAUGCGAAGGCGGAGGGAAGAGGAAGGUCUGCAACUUCGCAAACAGAAGAAGGAUGAACAGCUGUUUAAAAGGAGAAACGUCGCCACAGUGGAUGACGACGGCACCCUGGAAGAUGACGGAAUGGCUGACAGCGGCUACCUGGAGUCCCAGGCGAACAACAUGGACCCGCUUAUGGGCGGGGUGAUCUCUGAGGAUAUGACUCAAAUGAUCUUCUCUACAUCUCCUGAGCAGCAACUCAUUGGCACCCAGCGAUUUCGGAAACUUCUAUCUAAGGAGCCCAAUCCACCCAUUGACGAAGUCAUCGCCACUCCGGGCGUGGUGGAGCGCUUUGUGGAGUUUCUGAAGAGGCGAGAAAACUGCACAUUGCAGUUCGAAGCUGCAUGGGUGCUGACCAACAUCGCUUCGGGCACUUCCCACCAGACGCGGGUGGUCAUCCAAGCGGGUGCUGUGCCCAUUUUUAUAGAAAUGCUCAGCUCCGAUUUCGAGGAUGUACAAGAGCAGGCGGUGUGGGCGCUCGGCAACAUAGCAGGAGACAGCACCGCAUGCAGAGACUUUGUCGUAGACUGCAACAUCCUGCCUUCACUGCUGCAGUUAUUGGCUAAACAGACGCGUCUAACAAUGAUGAGGAACGCCGUGUGGGCGCUCUCGAACCUGUGCAGGGGGAAGAAUCCUCCUCCCGACUUUGCAAAGGUGUCCCCAUGUCUCAGCGUGCUGUCCUGGCUGCUGUUUGUCAACGACACAGACAUCAUGGCCGACGCUUGCUGGGCACUCUCAUACCUGUCUGAUGGCCCGAACGACAAAAUCCAGGCCGUGAUCGACUCAGGAGUGUGUCGCAGGCUGGUGGAGUUACUGAUGCACAGUGACUACAAGGUGGUGUCUCCUGCUCUACGAGCUGUUGGAAAUAUUGUUACUGGGGAUGACUUUCAGACACAGGUUAUCCUAAACUGUUCAGCACUGCAGUCCCUUCUUCAUCUUCUGAGCAGCCCCAAAGAGUCCAUCAAGAAGGAAGCCUGCUGGACCAUCUCCAACAUCACAGCAGGGAACCGAGCACAAAUACAGAUGGUGAUAGAUGCAAAUCUGCUGCCUCCGCUCAUCACUAUCCUACAAGUGGCAGAGUUUCGCACAAGGAAGGAGGCAGCAUGGGCGAUUACCAACGCCACCUCUGGGGGCUCUGCUGAGCAAAUCAGGCACCUCGUGGAACUUGGCUGCAUAAAACCGCUGUGUGAUUUGCUCACGCUGAUGGACUCCAAAAUAGUUCAGGUGGCCCUGAAUGGCAUUGAGAACAUCCUGCGACUGGGUGAACUGGAGGCCAAGAGGGGAGGCGGCAUCAACCCCUACUGUGCACUCAUCGAGGAGGCCUACGGUCUGGACAAGCUGGAGUUCCUGCAGGGCCACGAGAACCAGGACAUCUACCAGAAAGCGUACGACUUGAUCGAGCGCUACUUCAACACGGAGGAUGAGGAUGCGUCUCUCGCUCCGGCCGUGGAUCUGCAGCAGCAGCAGUUCCUCUUCCAGCAGUGCGAGGCGCCCAUGGAAGGCUUCCAACUAUAAAGCUCAAUCUGCGCUGCCACCUUCAUCCUCAGCUCAUUUCUCUGCCCGCCACCGCCGCCAUGGUCGAGGAGGAGCCGCCAGCAACCCCAGGCUCGCCUCGUUCCUCCCCCCUCCUCAUCGUCAAGAGAGAUUGAUUUUAUCGUAAUUACAUAAAUGACAAAUUACUGGAGCGUGUGCGUACGUGAGCAUGGGUCAAGUCUGCUGUCCUGUUGGGCGGCCGCUGAAGGUUCCACUCGUCGUUGAGCUCACCUGUGUGCGCCCCAUUCGUCAUCACUUGAACUCACUCAACAUAUCCCGCAGCGCCCCAGUCUUACUUUUUGGGUUUGACAAAAAGGCCACAAAGCUCUCGGUGGGGGAAACGGUAGGACUGCACAGCUCCAACACCUUGACCCUCUUGUCCACACACAGGUAGACGUGAACAAGCUCACCUAGACACUGGACUGACUGUCAGACGCUGCCCACCGGACUCAACUGCCCAACGCAAGGACUCAAGCGACCGCUAGGAACAGCACUUAAGACGAAAAACGUGGAGCGGAUCUCGCUCACCUCUCUCAGCCAUGGAUGGACAAAUUAGGACGUAGGCGUCGCUGAGGGGCGGAGCUUGCCAGCGACAAACCUGGCUGCUGGAUUUCAUUCAUCCACCCCAGUCCCGAGACCCCUCCAGCUGCUCGGGCUCCAUCCAGAAGACAAGUUAGGACUGCCUCUGGUGUGAUACCAAUACUCCCAUGGACGCAUGGGGAAAAUUGCAGUCUUCCCUCGCACUGAGACAAUUGGACCAGACUAAUAAACCCUGGAGACUGUCCUGCAAGCAGACCAGUGGGGAUUUUUACUACCAUCAUUUCAUUUCACAGCACUUUAGUUGAGGACUGACGCCUGCUCAUUGAGGACAAAUACUUUUGUUGUUACAUUUACUAUUUAACUGCUUGAUGACACGGCUCUUCCCCUCUCAGGACGCGAGGAUUACUUCAGAUAACCACUCUGACAAAAGGGACUCCAGCACAUUGGGGACUACAAGUGUUAGCACACUAAUUCCAAGCAGAGCGACAAGAAACACUCUGACCUAACAAUCUGACAAUUGGUGACAUUGUCCACGGCAACAUGGCGUCUUGACCCACAUUGCCAUGAUAGUAUUUUCUCAUAUGAUCAUGCCAAAUCUUUUCACUCACACUUCAGCUUUUGGGUCUGAAUAGUUUCCUUUUCAAACAUUGCGUUUAUGUCACAUUGCCUAUUGUGCCAUUAAUCUUCACCAUGAAUCCAGUUCAUUUCAGCAAGACUCCAGAUGAAACUUGAAAACUCUGGUGAUCGCCUUUAGUUAGCUAAUCUGAAUGUUUACCUAGUCCUCUUUACAUUACUUACUUUUGUCACAGUCUGUGGAAGAGAUGGCUAGCUCAGACACUGUUCACCGCUGUAGUAUUGAGUUUGUGCAACUCUCCCCUGUUCUGACAUUUGCAUAAAAGGCAUCCCAUCAA